GCCCGUGAAAAAAACUGACAAACAAAAAACUGAGUUCGUUUAUUCGUUUGUUUUGGUUGAAAUCAGAGACGCUUUGAGAAGAAAUCCGUAAAGAAAGUUAAAGUUUUUCCAGUUUUUCAGUGCUCUGAUUGCUCUACAUUGGUGGUUUUAAGAUGCCUUAUAGAUAUUGCGUAGCUCCGUUUUGCAAAAAUAACAAUAAUAAUAUCAAAAGGCUUGGCACGGUGAUUAAGUUUCAUGCUUUUCCGCAAGAUGUGGAGUUAACCCGACAAUGGGUAACAUUUUGUAGAAAAGAUGCAAAUUGGCGUCCGUCUAAAAGUGGUGCUAUAUGUUCGGAGCAUUUUAGGGCUGAGGAUUAUCAAUUACACCAAUCACCACUGAUUAAAAAUUAUCAUUAUUUGCGACUAUUGCAGCCAUCAGCUGUUCCUUCUAUACUACAAUGUAACAAUGACUUGCCCCUAAGUACGGAGGAAAUAGAGGAAGAACGAAUCCUCAGAAUAAACGCUCUAUAUAAGACCCCCAAAGAAAAUGUGCUUGACUCAGCCAGCUUGAUUCAGGUGGAGCAAGAAAACAAGGAGCAAUCAAAUCAGAAUCAGGCUGAGGAAGUUAUAAAAACCCUGAAAUCAGAAAAUCAGAAACUGACCGAAGUAAUUCUAAACCUACAGUCAAAGUUAAAAGAAAGUCGCGAUGCAAAUGAAAAUCUGAAAGACAAACUCAAAAAAAUGGAAAAAGAGCUAAAAAAUAAGGAUAAAAAGAAGUAUGAUUCUACGCAAAUUAUGGAUGUCCUUAAAGAAAAAAUUAAAUGUACUUUGUCAAGCAAUCAAGUAGAUCUUAUUUUGAAGAAAAGAAAACGGGUCAAAUGGACGCCAGAAGAGAUAAGUGCAGCUCUAACGUUAAGAUAUUUUUCCAAACGAGCUUAUGCAUAUUUGGCGGUUGAUUUAAAUUAUCCACUUCCUUCGUUAUCAACAUUACAACGCUAUACGAUGAGGAAUCCUAACGUUCGAAAAGGACCCAAGGAGACACGAGCGUGCAGCUCGGAGGAAAAUCGGACGCCAGCGUACGAGAUAGCUCUUAUCGGAUGCACUUCGGCGGAUGAAGCUACGAGAUAGUUCCCAUCGGAUGCACUCUGGCGGUCGAAAUAUCCUUUUGUACUUGAACUUUGCUAAAAUUUAUGGCAAGCCAAACUGUCAGCUCAGAUUGAAUUUGGUUUCGACCUUCUCGCCACUUACAUCGUAGCAUCCAUUGGUAAAGGUUGUGCUAUUGUGACUCGUGAAAUGGAAAGAAUAAAUUACGUUGGAAAAAUGGAACUUUAUAUCGCUGCCGCGAUCGGCUGUUACUGGAAGGGAGAGGAGCAUAUUCUGCUUCAGUGCUAGAUUAUUCCGUUUCCGUGGAAAAUAAUUUCUCUA